GUAGAGCGAGAGGGAGGCUCGUGCUGUAAACGGCUGCAGAGCGGUGGCGGCGACGGCGACGAUACCCGCAAAUAAUGCACGCUCCUGCUGUCUUCGACAAAGAUUACAUUUGGUCAUACCAGUUUAAGAAGAAAAGUGACUUGUCUGUGAUUGCAGCUGGACCAUUAAAAGAUUCUACCUUUACUUAUUUUUUAAUUUGUUAAUUAUUUGCACACAAUAUUAAACAUUAAAAAUGUUUAACUUAAUCAAAAAAGACAAAGAUAAGAAGGAAAGAAAAGAAAAGAAGGAAAAACGGGAAAAAAUGUCUAUAGCAGAAUUGAAAAGCCUUGAGGAAGUUGGUCUUCGUCGAGGACUCUUUAAUUUGAAUCGUUCUUCGAAGCGGGAAUCAAAGUCUAAACUGGAAAUUUCAGCUCCUAUUCCAAUAAAAGUAGCUAGUAGUUCAGAUCUCAAUCUUACAGAUAUUGAUUCAGACACUGUUAGUAAUAGAGGAAGCAUGAUUUUUGAUUCUGAGCAGUUGAGUACCGCCAGUUCCAGUGAUGACCUCAAAAUUGAUGAAAGUAGUUUGAAGGGAUCCGUACUUCAGAGAGCAGCUUUGUUUGGUUCUCUUGCCAAACAGAAUUCAGUCCAAUUAGUAAAGAGGUUCUCUUUUUCACAAAAGAGUCGAGAAGAGAUAUCCGAAGUGUCAACUCCAUCAGAAAAUUCUGCAACUCCUUCACCACAAGUUGAAAUGAGAAAUGAAGGUUUACUACUGGAGUACUUAGAGGAAAUGCCAAAAAAUACAUCAGAUACAUUGUCAAUGGCAAGUCCUAAUUCUCUGAUUCCGGAAAUUGUGAAUAAAAGUUUUGCUGCUGAUUUACGUCUUCCUCCGGUGGUACCGCCUUUACCUACAGAACCUAGAGAGCUUGUAUUGCAGAGAAGAAAUACAGGAGACUUUGGAUUCUCUUUGCGAAGAACAACUAUGCUGGACAGAGGACCUGAUGGGCAAGUGUACCGUCGAACGGUUCAUUUUGCAGAACCUGGAGCUGGUACCAAAGAUCUGGCAUUGGGUCUGAUGCCAGGAGAUAGACUGGUGGAAAUUAACAGUAAGAAUGUUGAAAAUAGAUCACGUGAUGAAAUAGUUGAGAUGAUUCGUCAAUCUGGAGAUACUGUGAGAUUAAAAGUGCAGCCAAUCCUGGAGUUGAAUGAGCUCAGCCGAUCUUGGUUGAGAAACCAUAAAGGAAUUCGCAGAGAUACUUUUGAUCUGGAACCUGCGAUCCCACCUACCCAGAGCCUAGUUCCCUCUCAAGAUUCCUCCACUCGCUCCAACGAUCUCGCACAGGCAGGUGUCUGGGCUGGUGUCUGUGCCCGUGUGUCAUGCUGGACUAAUCAGGUGGAAGAGGUGUCAACAACUGUGCUUCAGUCUUCAGCAUCUGCUUCUUCUCAGCCCCAGUUGAAGACUGAGGAGCAGAUUGCUACAGAACAAGCAUGGUAUGAAGCAGACAAGGUGUGGCUGGUUCACAAAGAUGGAUUUUCUUUAGCUGCCUAUUUAAAGACUGAUGGUGGCACGUCCAACCUUCCAGAAGGUAAAGUGAGGAUAGUACUGGAUCAUGAUAGAACAAUACUUGAUGCAGAUGAAGAUGAUGUGGAAAAGGCAAAUCCACCAACCUAUGACCGAGUGGAGGAUCUUGCAUCUUUGUUGUACCUUAAUGAAUCAAGUGUUCUGCAUACAAUACGCCAACGUUAUGGGGGUAACCUAAUCCACACUUAUGCGGGAUCAAAUUUGAUAGUGGUGAAUCCCCUCAGCUCUCCUUCAAUGUAUUCUGAGAAGGUUAUGCACAUGUUUAAAGGAUGUCGUAGAGAAGAUACCUCUCCACAUGUAUAUGCUAUCGCACAAGCUGCCUACCGAAAUUUGCUGACUACAAGGCAGGACCAAUCCAUUGUUCUGUUGGGCAGAAGUGGCAGUGGUAAAACUACAAAUAGCCAGCAUCUUGUUCACUAUCUGGUUACAAUUGCUGGGAGCACAGGAAAAGUUGUGACUGUGGAGAAAUGGCAGGCUGUGUAUUCUGUUUUGGAAGCCUUUGGUAAUAGCACUACAAGUAUGAAUAGCAAUGCCACACGUUUCUCACAGAUCAUCUCACUUGACUUUGAUCAGGCUGGUCAGGUGGCUUCAGCUUCUAUACAGACUAUGCUUUUGGAGAAACUCAGGGUAUCUAAGCGUCCAGAGAAUGAAGGUGCAUUCAAUGUGUUCUACUACCUGAUGGCUGGUGCUGACAGUGCUCUCAGAACUGAGCUUCAUCUGAAUCACUUCGCAGAAAACAGUGCUUUUGGAAUUAUACCUUUAUCGAAGCCCGAAGAGAAGCAAAAGGCAGCUCAACAAUUUAAUAAACUUCAAGCUGCUAUGAAAGUGCUUGGUAUUUCAGUUGAUGAACAGAAAGCUUUUUGGCAUAUCUUGGGUGCCAUCUACCACUUGGGGGCAGCAGGAGCCACUAAAGAUGGUGAUGAAGCUGGGAGAAGACAGUUUGCCAGACAUGAAUGGGGUCAGAAAGCAGCCUAUCUACUGGGUUGCAACUUGGAAGAAUUGUCCUCUGCACUCUUUAAGCACCAGUCAAAAGGUGCACUUCAGAGAUCAACUUCCUUCCGUCAAGGGCCAGAUGAAUGUGGACAAGGCGAUGGGUCAGGCCCCAAGAUAACAGCAAUGGAAUGUCUGGAAGGAAUGGCAUCCAGUUUAUAUGGCGAGCUGUUUACGCUGUUAAUCUCACUUAUUAAUAGGGCGCUUAAAUCCACCCAGAAUUCACUUUGUUCAAUAAUGAUAGUGGACUCCCCUGGAUUUCAGAAUCCAAGGAACACAUCACAAGACAGGGCUGCAACUUAUGAAGAGCUCUGCCAUAAUUAUGCCCAGGAGCGUUUGCAGAUGCUGUUCUAUGAGCGAACGUUUUUGAAAGAACUUGAUCGAUACAAAGAGGAAAACAUAGAGCUUGAAUUAGAUGAUGUAGAAUCCAGUUCUUCUAUUUCUGUAGCUGCCAUAGAUCAAACCUCGCACCAGGCACUGGUUCGAACUUUGGCUAGAACUGAUGAAGCAAGAGGGUUGCUUUGGCUACUGGAUGAGGAAGCCCUACAACCCGAUGGAAAUGAAGACACGCUUUUAGAACGGCUGUUUACUUACUAUGGCCAACAAGAUGGUGAUAAGAAUGGCCAGAGUCCCUUGCUAAAAAGCAACAAAGCUCAUCAUUUCAUCCUGGGACAUUAUUACAAUACUAAUUGGGUGGAGUAUGACACAACUGGCUGGUUGAAUCAUGCAAAACAGAACCCUGCAUCCCAAAAUGCUGCUUUCCUAUUACAGGAUUCACAGAAGAAGAUCAUUAGCAAUCUAUUUAUGGGCAGAGCUGGAACAGUCACGGUAUUAUCUGGUUCAAUUGCUGGCCUAGAGGGAGGAUCCCAGCUUACCUUAAGAAGAGCCACAAGCAUGAGAAAGACCUUCACCACUGGUGUAGCUGCUGUGAAGAAGAAAUCAUCUUGCAUUCAGAUCAAACUUCAAGUGGAUGCUCUUAUUGACACAAUCAAAAAGUCUAAGAUUCAUUUCAUUCAUUGUUUACUGCCAAAAACUGAUGUCUUUACUGAAACAAAGGUAUCUCCAACUCCAUCUUUCAAAUCUGGAAUCAUAGAACCUGAUACCCAAGCAGAAAACUUUGAAGCAGGUUUGAUGCAGCUGGAUGUGCCACUACUUCGAGCCCAGAUUAGGGGAUGCAAACUUCUUGAUGCCCUUAGAAUAUAUAGACAAGGUUAUCCAGAUCAUAUGGUGUUUUCUGAGUUUAGGCGACGUUUUGAUGUUCUUGCACCACAUCUAACAAAAAAAUAUGGACGUAACUACAUUGUUAAAGAUGAAAAACGGGCAGUGGAAGAACUUCUGGAGUCCUUGGAUUUGGAGAAGAGCAGUUACCACAUAGGACUUAGUCGGGUGUUUUUCAGAGCAGGAACUCUGGUUAAAUUGGAAGAACAAAGGGAUGAACAGACUAGAAGGAAUAUCACACUGUUCCAGGCAGCUUGCAGAGGAUACCUUGCAAGACAAUAUUUCAAGAAGAGAAAGGUUCAAGAACUAGCUAUUCGUUGUGUCCAGAAAAACAUUAAAAAGAACAAAGGAGUCAAGAACUGGCCGUGGUGGAAACUAUUCACUACUGUCCGGCCAUUAAUUGAGGUUCAGUUAACAGAAGAGCAAUUACGGGGCAAAGAUGAGGAAAUUCAACAGCUACGGAGCAAAAUAGAACGAGUUGAAAAGGAGCGUAACGAGCUACGGCUAACCAGUGAUCGCUUAGAAAGCAGGCUGGGAGACCUGACAUCAGAAUUAACAGAUGAGAGAAAUACUGGUGAAUCAGCAACUCAACUUCUAGAGACAGAAACUGCAGAAAGGCUACGAUUAGAGAAGGAAAUGAAGGAGUUGCAGGCCAAAUAUGAUGGAAUGAAGAAGGAGAUGGAGUCAAUGGAAAUGGAAGUAAUGGAAGCUCGGCUUAUCAAAGCAGCAGAACUAAAUGGAGAUUUGGAUGAUGAUGACUCUGGUGGAGAAUGGAGACUGAAAUACGAGCGUGCAACAAGAGAGAUAGAUUUCACCAAAAAGCGAAUGCGUCAAGAAUUUGAUGAUAAACUAGAGGUUGAAUUACAGAAUAAAAGGCAACUGGAGAGAAAAGUUGCAGAUUUACAAGCCGACAAUGAAGAAAUGCAACGCAGUGUUCAGCAGUUGAAGAAAAAAUCUCAGCGUCUAACAGCAGAAUUGCAAGACACCAAGCUGCACCUUGAAGGACAACAAGGCCGUAAUCAUGAAUUGGAGAAGAAACAGAGAAAAUUUGACAGUGAGUUGUCACAGGCACAGGAUGAAGCUCAGAGAGAGAAGAUCCAUAAGGAGAAACUAAGCAGAGAAAGAGAUGGAUUUAUAGCAGAGAUAUUCAGCUUAAAACAACAACUGGAUGACAAGGAAUCUGAAAUCAUCACCAUCACUCAAAAGGCAGAGCGUCUGGAUGCAGAACUGCAGGAUCUCUCCUCUCAAGAAUCUAAAGACGAAGCUUCACUAGCAAAAGUGAAGAAGCAGGUGCGUGAAUUAGAGGCCAAAGUCAAGGACCAGGAAGAGGAGUUAGAUGAACAAGCUGGGACUAUUCAGGUGCUUGAGCAGGCCAAGCUUCGAUUGGAAAUGGAAAUGGAAAGGCACAGACAAACUCAAGUCAAGGAGAUUGAAAGUAAAGAGGAGGAGGUGGAAGAAAUUAGACAGUCUUGUCAGAAAAAGUUAAAACAAUUUGAGCUGCAGUUGGAAGAAGAAUAUGAUGAGAAACAGAAAAUUCUGAGAGAGAAGAGAGAUCUGGAGAACAAACUGUCUACAGUCAGUGAGCAGGUUAGUGAACGAGAUUUUGAAACUGAAAAGAGACUGCGUAAGGAUCUUCGACGGACAAAAGCCCUUCUAGCUGAUGCACAAAUAAUGCUGGAUCACUUCAAGAAUAAUGCACCCAGCAAACGGGAAAUCGCACAGUUGAAAAACCAGCUUGAAGAGUCAGAGUUCACUUGUGCUAUAGCUGUCAAAGCUCGAAAAGCCAUGGAAGUUGAAAUGGAAGAUCUGCACCUUCAGAUUGAAGAUACCUCUAAAGCCAAAGUUUCAUUGGAAGAGCAGCUAAGUCGUUUACAACGUGAGAAAAAUGAGGUACAGAGCCGUCUUGAGGAGGAUCAGGAGGAUAUGAAUGAACUCAUGAAGAAGCACAAAGCUAUAGUUUCGCAGUCAUCUAGGGACUUAGCCCAAAUCAAUGAACUGCAGUCACAACUUGAAGAAACAAAUAAAGAGAAACAAGAACUACAAGAAAAGUUACAAGGACUUCAGAGUCAGCUGGAGUUCACAGAACAGUCCAUGGUAGAUAAAUCCCUGGUGAGCAGACAAGAAGCCAAGAUUCGUGAACUUGAAACUAAACUGGAAUUUGAGAAGACUCAGGUCAAACGUCUUGAGACCCUAGUUAGUCGUCUCAAGGAAAACCUGGAAAAGCUGGGAGAAGAAAGAGAUCAGAGGGCAGCUGCUGAAAAUCGGGAAAAGGAGCAAAAUAAGCGAUUGCAACGGCAGCACAGGGAUAUAAAGGAGGAACUGGGAGAACUUAGCAAGAAGGAAGCUGAAGCCAGUCGGAAAAAACAUGAGCUGGAAAUGGAUAUUGAAAGCCUUGAAGCUGCAAAUCAGAGCCUACAGUCUGACCUUAAACUUGCUUUUAAAAGAAUUGGAGAUUUGCAAGCAGCAAUUGAAGAUGAAAUGGAAAGUGAUGAAAACGAAGAUCUUAUCAACAGUUUGCAAGAUAUGGUGGCAAAGUAUCAGAGAAGAAAGAAUAAAAUUGAGGGUGAGUCAGACACGGAUUCUGAAGUUGAUGAACGUGUUGAUGAUGUCAAAUCCUGGCUAUCAAAGAACAAGGGCUCAGCCAAAACCUAUUCCGAUGAUGGAAACCUAAAAAGUUCAAGCCCCCCAUUGUAUCGUCGACACAUCUCUGUCAUGAACUCUGACGAUGAGAUGGACAAUAUUGAAGAUACCCUGAAGUCCAGGUUGUCAACCACGUGACUGCUAAACAAUAGUGACAGUGACACCAAAAUUGUGGAAUCAAAUGCAUAGCUAAAAAUGUUGUUGUUGUUGUCCACAGGUUCAUACUAACCAAAACAGCUCAGCACAUGAUAUUUGAAUUUCUUGGGACAUUACUGCGGUGAUGUUGGGUUGGGUGAGACAAUAAAAUUGGAAGUGGGAUGAAUGAAAUACGAGAUCUGUUGAUGCUCUAUCAUCUUGGUAAUAGUCUCGCAUGAUAUUGAUAGGUUGUAUUAAUUUGAAAUUUAAAUUCACUACAAAGUUUACUAUGAUUGGUAUUUCAUACAAGUGUGGAAUCUCCUGUUUUCGUCUGCAUAAUUUGGAAGCCUGUAAUAUAUAGAGGUUCGUUUUUUUCUUGCUUUGUUUUCUAUUGCUAUGGCUGAUCUUUCUUAUCGGUACUGCUUUCGAAAUCUAAUUCAAACUUGACAUCUCCGGUUGCAGUCUAAAGCUACCACUGAAUUUUUCAUGCAAUUAUUUUUACCUGAGCCAAAGAUUAGUUUUUUAUUUAUCUACCCUAGACUGGAAAAUUGACACAGAUAAGAGCAAAAUAACAGAACUCUUUGGCUUCAAACUUUUUCUCAAAUGAUGUAUGUGUGCAUAUGUUAAUACUUUUUUGAAAAUAAACAAAUUUGGUGUUGAUAGUUCACUAAAGCCUGCACUCUUACACAAUCUGUUUAUCUUGUAUCUUGAAGCUCAAAAUAUAAAGUUUAAUAUCAUAUCCUCUGCAUCACACACCAAAAAUAAUAGUUUAAAAAAAACAGUUGUAUAUGUAAUCUUCUGUAGUCAAGAUUUAUAAUCUAAAGGGACAAAGUAAUUAGGAAAGGAGGGUAUUGGGAAAAGCUGACCCUUUAGAAACUAACUAUUGUGUUCUUUUAAUAUAUAGACUUUCUAUUUAUGUUUUGUUAUCUCUUCACCAUUAUGCUUGGUUAUUCAAUGGCAAAAGUGAUACAGUUCUUAAUGUCAAAGAACCUGCUGCCAUUUAAUCUUGAUUAAAUCAAAAUUCAAAUUGGAACCAAUAAAUUGGAUUAGUUUCCCUCCACAUGAUAACAAUGCGGAAAUAGUUUAGGAAGUUGCAAUGUCUGUAAAGUCAAAUGGCUGUGGUUCUUAAAUACCUAAAACAUUUUCUGUCUUUAAAUGUUGGCAGAUCACUCCUUCACAAUGGUUGCUUUUGAUUUUGGAUAUUUUAUUAAAAAUCAGUUCAUGUAGUAUUACUGUUUAUCGUUCAAAAUUAGUGACCAUUGAAAUCAAGGCUGGAACUUCAAAAUAAAGUAAUUUAAAAAUCCUUGUAUACACUCUCAUUUUUCAUCAGAUUGCAUGGAUCAUUUAAGUGACUCCUUGGAAUAUUAAGAUAUUUCUUUAUAAAGUAAUUACAGAUACUAUUCUGAUAGUUCUCCUUGAAUGCUCAUUGACUUGUUCUGCCAUUAGUGUUUGGAAUGAAGUUUAAAUGAAGACCUACUUUCCAGUAUAUAACUGUGCACUUUUCAAGAAUGCAGACUAUGUACAUUUUACUCAGUACAGAUAAUAGCAAACAGAUUGCAGUGCUGGAAGGUUUAUUAAUAUUUGUAUUAUGUUAUUAAAAUGGUACAAUUUUAUUCAGUUAGUCAUAACAUAGCACUGAUGUAUAAAGUUCUGCAGUUAAUUGGCAAAUUGGAUUAUUGUGAUAUCAGAAGUUCUGUCGUGUAGUUUCAAAGAUUUCUAAUAGUGUAAUGGAAACAGCUUUAACAGAUGAGUAAAUGUGUAAGAUGAGGAUGGAUUGAAAUUGCUUUGAAAGAUUGCAAACUUGAAAAAGACCAUAUUGUCCUCUAUUAAGUGUACUUUUUGGUGACUAUUUAUGUGACAAAAUAAACUUAUUGGUUGUCUUACAAGUUCCCAAAUUAUUAUUAUCUUCAUUAUGACAAUUAUAGCAAAGA